GCCGACGUGUGCGGGUGGGAGGCGCGCAUGCGCGCCGGGUGUUCAGUUACCGCCGCUGCCUCAGACGGAGCCGGAGGACGAGCAGGCCGUAGCGUCGGGGAGCGACUCGGCUGCGGGUGACAGUCUCACUCACCAUGUCCUGUAGCCUGCUGCAUUUCUGUUCUUUCCAGGACCUGGGUACUGUCCGUGAUUUCCUCUUUCCUCAAGUGAAGGAGGAAUCGAGCAGCGGCGAGAAAGAACACAAUUGGGAAGAUGAAGACUGGGGAGCAUGGGAAGAUGGUGAAUUGAAAGAGCCUAGGGAAGAUCGUUCUACAAGUAACGUGCCCGCAUUGUCAUGGCUUCAAGACUGUGUGAUCUCGCUGUCACCAACAAAUGAUCUUAUGGUGAUAGCAAGAGAUCAGAAAGCUGUAUUUCUAGUGCCAAAAUGGAAGCCUAAUGAAAAGGCUAAAGAUGAAAUGCAGUAUUGUGUUACGUGGAGUGGUAUCUUGAGCGUUGAAGAAGGAGAAUGCAUCAAUAGUACAAUUUGUAUUCCACUUGCAAGUCAGAAAAGAAGCUCCACAGGCCGACCAGACUGGACAUGUAUAAUUGUUGGUUUUACCUCUGGAUAUGUUCGAUUUUACACUGAGAAUGGAGUUCUUCUUUUAGCACAACUUUUAAAUGAAGAUCCAGUUCUGCAACUGAAAUGUCGGACUUAUGAAAUUCCCAGACAUCCUGGUGUUACAGAGCAGCAUGAAGAAUUGAGUAUCCUAUAUCCAGUUGCCCUUGUAACAAUAGAUGGAUUCAGCCUUUUUCAGUCUCUUCGGGCCUGUAGAAACCAGGUAGCAAGAGCUGCAGCUUCAGGUGCUGAAAGUGUACAACCUCCACCAUUAACUUACAAGAAAUGGGGCCUGCAGGAUGUUGAUAUGAUAGUGGACCAUGCAAGCAUUGGUAUUAUGACACUUUGUCCAUUUGAUCAGUUGAAGACUGCUUCUGUUUUAGGUGGAUUUAAUGCCACUGUAAAAAGCAGCCCACCAGCUAUGUCAGAAUAUGUAACAGUUGGAUCUGGUCCAUUUGCUGGUUUCUUCUAUGCUUUGGAGGGUAGCACCCAGCCAUUGCUAUCGCAUGUUGCUUUAGCAGUUGCUAGCAAGCUUACAUCAGCUUUAUUUAAUGCAGCUAGUGGAUGGCUUGGUUGGAAAAGCAAGCAUGAAGAAGAACUGGUGCAGAAACAGAAACCAAAAGUUGAGCCAGCAACCCCUCUUGCUGUAAGGUUUGGUAUUCCAGACUCUCGUCGGCGUGGAGAAAAUAUUUGCCUUUCGCCUUGCAAUACCCUGGCAGCUGUGACAGAUGAUUUUGGGCGCAUCACUUUAUUAGAUGUGGCAAGAGGUGUGGCAAUACGCAUGUGGAAAGGAUAUCGUGAUGCACAGGUUGGCUGGAUCCAGGUUUUAGAAGAUCUUCAUGAAAGAGAAGCAGAGAAGAGCAACUUCUCACCUUUCAGGAGUCCUAUAGGCCUAAGACGAGUGGCUCAGUUCCUGGUGAUCUAUGCCCCAAGGAGAGGAAUCCUGGAAGUGUGGAGCACUCAGCAAGGUCCAAGGGUUGGGGCAUUUAAUGUAGGAAAAUACUGCAGGUUAUUGUAUCCUGGAUAUAAGAUUAUGGGAUUGAACAAUGUGACCAGCCAGGGCUGGCAGCCACAAACCUUUCAGAUUUGUCUAAUUGAUCCAGUGGAUGGUAACGUGAAAACCGUUAAUGUUCCUUUCCAUCUUGCUCUUAGUGAUAAGAAGAGUGAAAGAGCAAAGGAUAUGCAUCUGUUGAAGCGGCUGACUACUUUGUUGAAGGCCAAAGUGUCAAAUCCAGAAAAUAUGGAAACUGAAAUAAAGAUGCAUCUUCUUGAUAUUAAAUAUCCUGCCAUGAAAAAACAGGCCUUAGAAAAAAUGUUGGCGAGUAAAAAUAUCCCAUUGUCCUGCUUAACAAAUUUAAUUCAGGCAUUGUUGGACAGCUUAAUGAAUCAAGAUCCUGAAAGUGUGGAUGAAGGAUUGUUGCAAUUUUGUCUCAGCCAGCUGAAACUGCUUCACCUUUAUACGUGUGUGGACAAGCUCAACUCUAAAGAUUUGGAGAAUGGUGUAGCCAAAACUAGCGAUGACCUGGCUACUUUGUUGCGACUAGAGGAAAGGGAAGUUGUAAAAAUUCAAACACUGCUGGAUAAUUAUAGACAAGGAAACACCAGAAGUACGGUUCAUUUUGAGGAGGACAAAAACUAUAAACUACCAAUCCAAAUGUUUCUGGAAUAUCUUGAAUAUGAAAAAGAAGUAGUCAAUGUGAAGAAACUAAGUGAAGAUGAGUGUGUGGCUUUGGGAGAUUUCUUUUUCUGGAAGUGUCUCUGUGGGGAAAGCUCUGCAGAGGAAGUGUGCCAUUUGCUGGAGUCUGCAGGAGCCAGGCCUCAACAAUUCUUGACUUUACUUCUCAGUAUGUGGCUGUUUAAAGAGAGAGAAAUUCUCAAGAACCAGGAUUCAAUUCACUACCUCCACGUUACGUUGUCUGUCUUAAACCAGAUGAAAGGUGCAGUAGAUAACUCAUGGGACCUUCAGUCAGUGAAUCCAUGGUGGCAACAGAUGCGCUCUGUGUGUGCACAGUCAGAGAAUGUUGGAGCUGCAUUGUUAGCUGCACUUGUUGGAAGAAGUGUGGCCAUCAGUGCAACAAACAGCCUGGUUGAAAAAGAUGUGGAAGUUCAGAUUUCAGAUGGAAUGACUGAUUCUUGGGAAGCAUUGUCUCUCGAUAUGGAACAUUGGAAUCUGUUACUGAGACAGCUUGAGGAUUGCCUUAUUUUACAAACGUUGCUGCACAGCAAAGGGAAAAAAACAUCCAGUACAACCUGCCAACAUUCUGAACCACUUGCCAGUAUUUCUGUAAAAAAGCUUUUGGAAGGUGGUCGAGGAGUUGUUGCUGAUGGUGUGGCAAAAUGGGUUUUCAACUUGAAUCUUGUUCCAAGCAUCCUGAAACAGGCCCAUCAACCCAAGGAAUUAGAGAAUGCAGAAGAACCAAUGGAAGGGGAGAACAACGUUCUUAUAAGUGAGAAGUACAAAGAGCUUGACCUAAAAAGGAUACUUGAGUUGCUCCAGCUGGCUUAUGAGCGAUUCCCCUGCAGUCUAGAAUCUGAUGCUCUUCAUGCCCAUUGUUGUUGGGAAUAUGUAGUGCAAUGGAACAAAGAUCCAGAGGAAGAUCGUUUUCUGAGCGUAUCUGUGGAUCAUCUGAAAUGCAUUGGCAAUGCUCACGUUCAGCGAGGAGUUGCUGUAAUGAUGUGGAACACCUUUAUUGUAAAGAGACUGUCAGCCGCUGCUUAUCUAAUGGAUAAGGUUGGCAAGGCACCAAAAGACAGACUAUGCAGAAGAACACUCCCCGAGGCAUCAGUCUCCAUUCAACAACUGCCAUCUUUUGAACAUAAGGCGUCUUUCAGACUCACUGGAACCAACUCCCAGGAUGUAGGCAUGAGUGAUACCUCCAUGACCUCUUUCCUUGGUUCUUGCUCAUUGCUCCUUCAAACUUUAAUGGAGGCUGAAGUUAGCUGUGAUGAAAUGAAGGAACCGUCUCUAGACAUAGAAGAUACUUGGUCAUCUGUGGAAGGUCCAACAUCAAUAGUCGAUCUGGCUCUAGAACAAGGACAUGUCCAUUACCCAUUGGUUCAGCACCACUAUGUUUUGGCUGUUGUUAUGCAUGGAAUAAUGCUGUUUGGGAUGAAGUCUGUCAAAAUAUUUAGUCUCUUUGACAGUAAGGGCAAAAAUGCAUUUUUCAAAGAGCUAACGUCAAUCCAGCUGCUGCCAAGUGGCGAAAUGGAUCCCAACAUAGUGUCUCUCAGACAACAGUUCCUCAUGAAAUUAGUCAGUGCUUCAGUGAAAGAACUAAUCAAACCUCCAAAGACUGAAUGUACUUCUGAACAGCAAUCUCAUCAAGAACAAAAGGAAGACUGGUCAUCAGUGGCGGUGGAGCUGUCUCAGAACCUACAAGUGGAUGAGGAUGUUAUCCGUCGACAUUAUGUAUGUGAGCUGUAUAAUCAUGGGAUUGACCAUAUUGGUGAAGAGGCCCUUCUGCAGGUACAUGAUCAAGAGGUCCUGGCAUCCCAACUGCUUGUACUGACAGGACAGAGACUUGCAUAUGCUUUACUUCAUACUCAGACUAAGGAAGGCAUGGAGCUGCUGGCCAGACUCCCACCAGUGUUGUGUACAUGGCUUAAGGCUAUGGAUCCUCACGAUCUUCAGAACACAGAUGUGCCAAUUAUAGCAACAGCUAAACUGGUGAGCAAACUGAUAGAACUCUUACCUGAAAACCAUGGGCAGUACAGCCUGGUGCUGCACCUGUUAGAGGCAGUUGAAGCCAUAUCCUCCUUGUGACAAGAGCUGACCAAUCUUUAUUUAAAUAGGUCUUCAGACAUGACCAGCUGUUAAAAGCUUGGAUCAUUUUGAUGUAAAUGAGCCAUGAGCCAUUUGUUUCAAUUAAUCAUGUUCUUGAAUACUUAUUGUUAUAGGUGAGUACUGAAAAUUCUGUUAGACUCUUCAAUUUCUGUUCUAUGAUGUGAGAUAUUUUAAUGCCCAAAUACAGUUUGCAUGUCCAUGUUUACAUACAGCUGAAGCAAAGCUCACUCACAUUUUACUGCUAGAAGAUGGCAUCAGUCUUAGAAUAAACCAUUUGUUACUGUAGCUACGCAGAUUAAAUGUCAUCUGAAGCAAGUCUGUUCUCAAGGUAUUAUGUAGUGAAUGAGUUACAUGGUAUGGUCCAUACAUCUAGAUUUCUAAUCCCACUAUUGGAACUGAAGAAAUGGGAGGAAUUUUGCAACCUGUUUUCCCAGUAAACAACCCAAACAUUCUACAAAUAGUCAUAAUGACUAUUUUAAAAAACCUUAUGUCGCAACUUGUAUCACACAAAAACAAAGGAAAAUUUGAGUUUAUUUUGUUAAUGUAAAGGCAAAAGUUUUUAUUCCCUCAAUUGUUUUUGGAUUUGUAUAAGUAAUAAAAUGAACAGUGAUCAGACACCCUAAUGUGUGUACAGAAACAUUUCCAACCUUAUCAGUGGGUAGAAACUAAUUGUAAUAUUGUAAAUUAUUGAUUAACCAAAUAAAAACUUCAAUCCCUGCUGAGUUGCUUUUUCUAUAAAUAAUUGGAGUGUAUUGCUUGAACGUGAGAGGUAAAGUAUUUAAUAGGAACUGAACAUUGAAGUGAAAGUCUUUUUUAAUUGAGAACCAACUGAAAUAUAGAAAAUUCAAGUGUUAUAAUCUGAAGCAAAAGAAAAUUGUAGCACCGAGAUAUAGUACCUGACUUUGCGGUUAGUAUGUGUAAGUGCAUCUUAUUAGUGCCAUCCAAUUGACUGACCAGUGUCUAUUUUAAAAAAAGUUUGUUAAAGGUAAAUGGAAUAAUCUGAUCAGAUUAGGAGUAUCAAGAUUAUCAGUAGUAGCUAAGGGACACAAAUAUGCUGUUACAGUGAUGUUCUAUUUUAUAUUACGCGAAAAGGGCUGUUGAGAAUUGGAGAAGUGUCCAGCAGGCUGUUCUAGUAUUCUUUGCUGAUGCUGAAACUGCCUUUGUUCAAGUGCCACACAAAGGUAGGGACAAUACCAGUGUGCUACAAAAGAGCCCAUUUAAACUAAGGCUAGCAUAGAAGCUGGAAUUGGCAGUUUACCCCUAGACCAUGCUAUUUAAUGGAAAUUACCGUUUGACAGAAUACUGGAUUUUUCUUUUUAAUUUCUAGCAGAAUUUAGAAAUAACUGUCCUCCCAUUAUGGUAAGUUUCAGGAGGCACAGGUUUUCUAAAUUAACAGCUAACUAAUAAAACAACAGUGGUCACUGGACCCGAAACGUUAGAUGUUGCCAGACCUGCUGAGCUUUUCCAGCAACUUUGUUUUUGUUCCUGAUUUACAGCAUCCGCAGUUCUUUUGGUUUUUAGUGGUAUUUACUAGAUGCUGUAAAACCUCGACCACUGUUUUGAAAAUAUAGAAAAGGAGCACCCUUUCAUUUUCUCCAUUAAUCUGCACACUGUUGAACACUCUAGUGAUCCAAUUUCCAAUAAAAAAUAAAUCAUUUCUAGUUAUAUGAAAACAUAAGCUCUACCAUGUCUGAGUACUGAUACUUGUUGACAAAAAGCUAUGUUAAUUAUUUGAGGUCUUGGCGCAAUUGUCAUGGGAGCAGGGAAGAAGGCCAAAGUUGUCCAUUUCUUGGUGAUAGUUAAAGGAAGUGACAAUAAUUAAGAUUGAAAGAAUGAAUUAUGCUGAGUUUAAAUUGGGUGGAUUUAACCCAGAAGGGUGAGUGGCAUCAUUGCCGUGUAAAGAGACUAAAUUUAGACCUUAAGUUAGUA